UCACGGGAGGGCAGGAAGAAACCACGGCUAUGAGAAGCAGCCGACAUGAGUGUUUGGUGUCUGCCUCUGCCUCUGCCUUUGUCCCUUUCAUCAACUCCACGCUCUGAAUUCCAUAUGGCGAGAAGACCCACAACGUCUCCUUUUUCCACGCCGUGAUUGCAGCUUCAAUCCCAGUCCAGUCCGCACUCCGCUUUUGGCACCAUUCAACUUCAUACGCCCACCACCUAUCGAGUGUUCUCCUCCGCACUCGCAUCGCUUUCAGUGUGUGGGUGGCAAGAGUCUGGUAAAUGUCCACACCAGAAGAGAAAAGAAACCGGCCUCUUUGCAGCUUGCACAUGGUAGAGAAAGGUCAAGUAACUUUUCCUUCCACACAUCUUCCUGCCAUACGUGAUCCACUGCAGCACCGGGAUUGACAAUCUCAUCACCAUGGCAACUGGACAUCACUAGAGUUAAUAGCUGUUGAUCAGCAUCCCAAUCCAUCAUCUGUGAGAUGAUAGAUGACUACACUGUUAUGAUAGCCCAGUUGCAGAUCUGAACACAGUAUCUAAUCCUCGAUGUUGGCAGUUUUCUCUGGCGUUGCUGCUAUUCUUCAUGCCAAAGAAAGCCACAUGAAGAGAUUCCAAUUCCCAUGCCUUCAUUGAUGGGUCAUUCUGCCACCUACUCCUUGUGACAUGCAUCCUCUGCUUCCAUAACAUGUGAAAUCGGAAAGAAGCCAAAUGGAGUGAGCCCUCCACCCUUCAUCUUCCUCCCUAUAAAGCCAGUGGCAAGCAGACCAGUCUAAGCCGGAGCAUAGAAUCAUGGACUGGUACUCCUGGUUGUCCAACUCCAGCCUUGAGCCGUACCUUGUUUACGAGUAUGGGCUCCUGUUGACGAACAACGAGCUCGAGGAGGAGGACAUAGCAUACUUCGACCAUUCCUUCCUCCAGAGCAUGGGCAUCGCCGUAGCCAAGCACAGGUUGGAGAUCCUCAAACUCACCAACAAGGACAGGAGGGUGCCUCCACUUCCUGUCACCAAGCUCGUAGCAGCGAUCAGGCAGUCCAAGAAUUGUCUCGCCAGGUACCUCCGCACGCUGUCGCGUGCCAAGAGUCCGGCGAUCUUGGUCGUCCCAACGACUCCAUACGGCGACCGCUGGGGAGGGGCCAUGUUGAGGAGGAAGACGAAGCUGGCGCUUCUGAGGCAGGGUAGGCUGAUGAUCACCGACCGUGGCAUGAGCAUCGCUCGUGUGCCUUCUCCAUCCCACAGCGCUAGCCCGAUGUUUCGCAGUCACCAUGACCAACGCUACGCUGCAGCUGCUGCCGACGAUGAUGGGUACUGGGAGACUGCAGUUGGAGACAUGAGGUGGGACGCCAUGUUUCAGAACUUGAAGCCCACAUAAGAACUGGUAUGCUGCAUGUGACCUUUCUCAUGCUGUAAUCAAAUCAGGAGACUUCAUGAUCUUGCGAGGCUUGUGAGUUCGAUCCACCAUUCCUGGUGGAGGAGAAGAGUAUAUUUCUUUCCACAGCUGAAGUCAUGAUGAGAACCAAUCGAUGUUAACCACUGAAGUAAGAUAAGUAAGAUACCAAUAUCAAUCUGUGCUCA